CCUCCUAAUAUUAGCUGCUUCUUGCUAUUAAAGCGCGCGUACAGCUGUAAGGUUGAGAGCCUAAUCUACUACUACAUUAACCACAUCACUAAGCUUAAGUUUCUGCUAGCGUUUAAGGCAGCCUUUACACAAUUGUUUAUGCUAGAUAAUAUCUGCUUAGCGUUUAGAGGCGCAGGCCUUCAGAUUGCUCGUGAGCAGCGUCAAGGAGGAGAUCAAUCAGGCCUUAGCCGCCAGGCUCUAGCGCGCUGCAGGAGGUGCAGAGAGACUGGCCAUAACUCACGUACGUGCAAAGUAGAUACUUAAGAUACUGCUUUAUCUA